AUGCCCGGUAAUCGACGUAGGAAGCGAACCAAGAAAGCCCCAGAGUUCUUCGCCUCCUCUGAUAACGAUGCGGAUGAACGUCAAGCGACAACGGCCAAAUCGAAAACGAAGAAAGCACCCACUACAUUCAAUGUUGACCUACAUUCGGAAGAAGAAAUGCCGUCUCCUCGGCCCAAAUCGGGCGAAUUGCAUGGUUCGAAAAAGACAGAGCGGACACGCACCUUCGAUUUGUGUAGUCUGAGCAGCGAUGACGACUUCGACAUUAGCCGCGAGAACCGUCGCAAGCGCAUCAAGAAGGCUUCAAACGAUACAAAGACGUCUCUUGCGGACAGCUCGACUGCGAAAGCUCGAAGAGCUGGAAGAGCUGGUCUGAAACAAGAUCCCGCUUCCCGUAAAGAGACUUCGGGAGUACUUGUGCGUGUUCCUCUCAAGUCCAACAAAGCAUCCACUACAUGCACUACCCAAAAAAAGAAGAGGACCAUCAAACCAACACAGGCAAAGCCAGCGCCACUUAAACAUGCUCCGAAUCAAGAUCAGGUACACGACGACAAGUCCUCAGCUACACGCAAGUCCAACAAAGAAACCGGUAGUACAAAAGAGGUAUCCGAAUCGAAAGUUUCGGCGUGCAAUCCUACCAAGUCGAACAACAACUCCAGCAAAGAGACUUCGAAAGUGUCGGAUCCGAUAGUCAAAGCGGCACCUGCACCAGCAACGGUUGUCAAACCCAAGCCAACGCCCAUGUCUGCAGCGUUCGCAGCAGUCACUACAGCUCCACAUGUCGACUACGAUUCUGAUCAAGAACCUCCGAAAGAAGACACUCAAGUACGUUUCCAGUGGCGUGGUGAUCCAUCGGUGACGUUGAGCGACUGGACUAUUGAGAUUGUUGCAAGUGAAACUGGCCAAUUGGACACCUACAACAUCCACAAGCUUGUAUUGUCGUCUGGGCCCCGUAAAUCGGAUUACUUUCUCAACCUGUUUUGCCGCGGCAGCGUAUUCCGUGAAUCCGAGUCAAAGACCAGCCGUAUCGAACUACCCGAGCUAGCCACGAAAGCCUUCCCUCAGCUCCUUGACUUUGUCUACGAGAUUGGCGAUCACAACGGUGCCUUGAAGAUCGAUACGGAAACCGCAGCCGCCUUGCAUUUCCUUGGGCACUACUUUCAGAUGCGCCAGUUACGUUGGGAAGCCAAAACGUUCUGGAAAAAGAAUUUGAAGCUGGAGAAUGCAACUACGUACUACGAACAUGCCAAGCUAUUCUUUGAUGACAAGAUCUCUGAAGCAGUUGCUGAUCUGUUUGCCCGUAACAUCAUGGAUGUCAAACCUGAUUCCAAGAUAACGAAGAUUGCUGAUGCAACGUUGUGGGUCCGCAUUGUGGAGAAGCUUGCAGACAAGACAGAUGCCGCCGCAAAGACUGAUGCUCCGGGUUCUACAACUGCCACUGCGGCUUCUGCCGCUGCGGCCUCUACAACUACGGGCUCUACAAGCGAUACGACUGCGGCUUCGAAGGCAAAUGAUGUUGCUUCCAAACCAUCGGCCAAUCCCAAUUCGAAGCCAAUGCCAGCAAUGGGCGACAAGGUUCAGAUUCACCUGAGCGAACUCAUCGCCCAGUUUGCAACGGACAACCAAGAUGAUCUCGACGCUGCAACCUUCCAAAGCUUGACAGCCCCGGAAUCGCUCCGUAGUAUCAGCAGCAAGGCUGCUCUGAGCUUGCUGAAAGUCGAAGACGCGGUCGUCACGAAUACCGAAGGCUCGACCGCCUUGCAAGACCGCUGCGUUGCUGCCAUGGCUGCCAACUGGAAGGAUGUUGGUGCGUCCCUCACGUCGGAUCAGGGACUCGCGACACUGAAGCCCCCCGUUCUAGCGAAAGUCGUGGCCAAGUCCCUCGAGUAUGCUACGACCGAUUUUUUGAAGGCCGAGAAGGACAUUGAAGACAUGGAAAGUUCCCAUGAAACUGUCACGAAACAGCUCCAACAUGAUCUCGAACAGAAGACCAACCAAUUGAAAGAUUAUCGUGGAAUGUGGUCUCAUGCGCUCGAUCGUUGCGAUAAAUUUGAGAGCCAACGCGAUGAUGCGGACUACAAAGUCAUGAGAAUGCUGACAGAGCUUGAUGCCACAGUACCUGACUUGGAAAAGAUUCGUACCCUUGCCACGGAUACGAAGAAAGCGCCAUAUGGUUACGACUACAUGUAA